AGAGCAGAGAAGCUAAGGAGAGUGGGCGGAUAUUUCAAAGCACUCUCAACAACCUUCACCGUCCCGCCCCAACUGCACUUAACUCUCACACACGCUCUCAUUCUCAUACAUACAUAAUAAUAAAAUCCAUUUCUCGAAUUUGCCCCUGGAACUCCUAUAAAUUUCCCCUCUUAUCUCCCCACCUUUCCAUUUUUUUUCUCUUCGUUUACAUUUCAUUUUUUCAUUCCAUUCCAUUCGGUUCGGUUCGCUCUCUCUUCUCAUUCAUGGAGUCCUUCGCUGCUCUCCGAUCCUUCAACUAUUCUGUAGGGAGUACAUCAAAUAUGCAGUCCUUACUUGAGAAGCCUGGUGUGGUACCAAUAUAUAAUGCCAGCUGGCCCAUCCCUAGUAAAUGGUGCACUCAAGGGUUGACAGUUGGUGGGAAGCUUGUUUUUUCACCAACAAAGCGGAAGGGAGCAAUAGUAUCAUCUGUCAAGAUAUCUGAAGUUACUGAAUCAUCUAACAAUGUUAUAUCAGAUAGCACCACCCAAGGACCAUUGGAGAAGAAAACUCAAGGAACAUUGGAGAAGAAAACUCCACGAACUGCUACUUUUCCUAAUGGGUUUGAGGCACUGUUACUAGAGGUCUGUGAUGAGACAGAAAUUGCUGAGCUGAAAUUGAAGGUUGGAGAUUUUGAAAUGCAUCUUAAACGAAACAUUGGAGGAGCCACACAAGUUCCCAUGUCUGGAAUUUCGCCGACAAUACCACCACCUAUUCCAACUAAACCAAUGGUAGAUUCAGCACCUGUUGCCCCACCACCACCACCAACAAAAUCCUCCCCAGAAAAGACCAGUCCAUUCACGAAUACCUCUGUAGAGAAGUCUCCAAAGUUAGCAGCCUUGGAGGCUUCUGGAUCCAAUGCAUAUGUCCUAGUGCCAUCUCCAGCGGUUGGCUCUUUCCGGAGGGGUAGAACUGUGAAAGGGAAGAAGCAACCUCCUAUCUGUAAAGAGGGUGGUUUAAUAAAAAAAGGACAAGUUAUCGGAUAUUUGGAUCAGUUUGGCACUGAACUUCCUGUGAAGUCAGAUGUGGCAGGAGAAGUCUUAAAGGUCCUCUUUGAUGAGGGAGAAGCUGUUGGUUAUGGAGAACCUCUUAUUGCUGUCUUGCCUUCAUUUCAUGGUAUCCAGUGAGCUCUCUCCUUUUAUUCCCGGUAAUGUUGUUAAAAGAGCUCCGAAGUUUGUUUCUCUAGUCAUGUUAUUCUUUCCAUCUUUUGCGUCUUUACCUUUUCUAGGUAGGGGAUGCAAGUGUAGUUGGUAAUCUGUACUUGAUAUUUCUUGUCAGUUAAAUUGGCUAUAGAUCCGGGAACAAAUUGAUAAAGCAUCAUGUGUUGAGAAGGUGUCAUUCUCUUAGAACAACGUCAAUAAUGCUCCAUGUACCGUUUAAGCUGUAGAUGUUUGUUACUUAGCUGGAUAUUGUUAAGCACAAUAUGCUUGUUGCAUAUGCAGGCAGGACAUACAGCUUAAAUGAUUUUGAACCUUGUGUGACUAGGAAAAUACAUACAACACGUUCAUUUGCUGGAAA